AUGGACGAUGUACUCACCGGAGCCGCCACCCUAGAUGCAGCGAACGACCUCCUGGACCAGGUGGCCGCGCUCUGUACGGCGGGCGGCUUCCCGCUUAGGAAGUGGGCUGCCAACGACGAUCGCCUCCUGGUAAAAAUCCCGCUCGCACAUCGCUUGGACGUCAUGACAGGUGCCCGACUGCCGUCUGAGAGUCACUCCGUCCUGGGCCUCCGAUGGAAUCCAAGGGAGGAUGUUCUCUCCCUCUCCGUACGACCAACCUCAACGGUUCUACCGACGAAGAGAUCGGUGCUCUCGCAGACAGCACGUCUCUUCGACCCACUAGGCUGGUUGGCGCCGAUCAUAGUACGUGCCAAGCUGCUCGUCCAAUCAGCCUGGAUACAGCAGCUAGACUGGGACGCUCCGCUGACAAGGGACGACGCCGCCGAGUGGACCCGCCUGGAAGAGGAGCUGCCCUUGCUUGAGGAGAUCAGGGUGCCACGCUGGUUCCAGGGUGACGCUGCAAACAACUCGCAACAACUGCACGGAUUCUGCGACGCCUCCGAACGAGCCUACGCUGCCGUGAUCUACCUCAGGGGCGUGAUCGACGGGCAGCCCGACGUAACCCUGGUAGUCGCUAAGACCAAGGUCGCACCGGUCAAGCGUGUAUCGCUCCCCCGCCUGGAGCUUUGCGGGGCCACCCUCUUGGCUAAACUGGCCGAACACGUCCGGUCCUCCUUGGGCCUAGAAGGAUCGGCGGUGCAUCUUUGGACGGACUCCACAGUCACGCUCGGCUGGAUCCGAGGACACCCUGCAAGAUGGACAACAUUUGUAGCCAACCGAGUCGCCGAAAUCCACCGAGAGAACCAAGACGCAAAAUGGCGGCACGUACCCGGCAGAGACAAUCCAGCUGACUGCGCCUUCCGGGGGGUGUCGCCGAGGGAGCUGCUACGCCAUCCGUUGUGGUGGCAUGGGCCGACCUACCUCAGCGGUCAUCCUGACACCUGGCCGAAGGAUGUAGGAUCCCAGGAAGAGACCAGCCUGCCAGAACAGCGACCGCAAAAAUGCCACGUGGUCAGGGAAGUGCUGGAACCUGAAGAGCUUCGCCGAUUCUCCAGCCUUCGCCGGUUACUACGCGUAUCCUCCUGGAUCUGGCGUUGGGCAACUCGCCAGCGCCGCCCCGUCAGCGACGAGGCCGCUCCUGACCUACUGGGGCCGGAGGAGAUGGACGCCGCCCUGACUCGAUGGAUCCGGGUAGUCCAGGAAGCGAACUUCCACCUAGAGCUGCGGGACCUUCGUACCGGGAAAUCGCUGGCGACCAGAAGCUCACUCAGGAAGUUGGCUCCCAUGCUCGACGAUGAGGGGGUCCUGCGGGUUGGCGGGCGGCUGAAACACGCUGUUCUGGAUGCCGACCAGCGACAUCCAGUCAUCCUACCACCGGAAUCACGCCUCACCUACCUGGUGAUCGAUGCCGCUCACAAACGCACCCUGCAUGGAGGAGUCCAGUCCACCGUGGGGAACAUCAGGGAACGCUUUUGGAUCCCACGCGCCCGUCAACUGGUACGAAGUCACAUACAUCGCUGCCUCUCUUGCGUGCGAUGGCGGGCGGCCACUCCGCAACCGAAGAUGGGGGAUCUGCCGAGGACGCGGGUCACACCAAGUCGACCCUUCCUUCACACCGGCGUGGACCUCGCUGGCCCGGUCUGGCUCAGGACGACGAAGGGCCGCGGUCACAAAGCUCACAAGGGCUUCCUGGUAAUCUUCGUAUGUUUCAGUACCCGCGCCGUCCACCUGGAGGUGACCAGCGACUACUCCGCCGAAGCCUUCCUCGCUGCCUUUCGCCGGUUCGUGUCGCGUCGAGGGAGAUGCACGGCCCUAUAUAGCGACUGCGGCACCAAUUUUGUGGGUGCGGAUCGACAACUCAGAGAGCUCUUCAGGGCGGCGAGCGGCGAAGUCCACGCCCUCGUUGGCCGCCUAGCAGACGAGGGAGUUCGGUGGGUCUUCAAUCCACCGUCGGCUCCCCAUUUCGGCGGCCUGUGGGAGGCGGCUGUCAAGGCCGUCAAACAUCACCUGCGGCGCACCAUCGGAGAGGCUAAGCUCACCUUCGAAGAGCUGUCCACGCUCCUCGCGGAGGUCGAAGCCUGCCUAAACUCAAAGCCCCUCGGGGCCUUGUCGGAUGAUCCAGACGACCUUGACGCCCUGACGCCGGGGCACUUCCUGGUGGGAGGGCCUCUCCUCAGCAUCCCGGAGCCGUCCCUCUUGGACGCCCCUACUAACCGUCUGAACCGGUGGCGACUUCUGCAGCAGAUGCGGGACCAUCUCUGGCAGCGAUGGACCCGCGAAUACCUGCAGGGACUCACACCACGGCCCAAGUGGUGGACCUCCCGGGGAAACCUCUGCGAAGGUCAGCUGUGCCUCAUCAAAGGAGAGAGCACCCCGCCGUGCCGGUGGCCGCUCGCCCGAGUUACGCGCUUACACUUAGGCGAGGAUGGCCAAGUGCGCGUGGUGGACGUCCGCACCACCGUCGGUGAACUGACCCGGCCAGUGGUCAAGCUGGUUCCACUGCCGACGGUAGCCGCCGUGGAGUCCGGGACCCCCGCGUAA